UCGUCGUCCGCGGGAGCGAAAACAGGAGCGACUCACGGUGGGGGGAAAAAAACAUGGCGAGGUUUUUUUAGCCGGUGAGAAAAAAAGUCGCAUGGAUUUAUCCAACUUUUCCGCCAUUGUUGGGAUGAAGAAGGACGGCUGAAAACAAGUGAGUUAAUCCGGUCCCGGAGGAGUUUUCUGUCAGGACUUUAAAGGAGAAACUACGGUCACAUCACGGGCGACUAUCUCACCGCUCCCAGAGGUUGGACCUUUUAAAGCUUCCCUCCCUCUCGCGUUCCUCCCUGCCUGAUCCUGUUUGCCUCAUUGGCUGCUGUUCCCCAGAGGGCGGGGCUAAGUAUGGGGUAAGAGAGCCGAGAGACGACACCAAGACGACACAAGCUGAGGAGGCCCUCUAACCUGCACAGGUGGUGACGGGUGCAGGACACUGUCAUGGCGCUGCCGCGGAGGAAGCUAAAGCUUGUGGUGACAUUGAUGAUGGUCAACCUCUUCAUCUUCAUCAUCAUCUCCCGACACAGCAGCCAAGACAAAAGCAGCAGUCAAAAAGUCCGCAUCCCCUCCAAACCCUUCUGGACCAAACUGGUUCCCAGCCCUGCUUACUGGAACCGCCAGCAGCAGAUUCUGGACCUUCACAACAAUCCUGUCCUGAUGGCGAACUACAGCGCCACAGACAUUCCUGAUUGGCUUAACGACACCAGUUUGAACUCUGACCCCUGCCAGCCCAACUUUAGGGUUACUACUCAGGUGAAAGACUACAACUCCCUACCGGGCCGCUUCAAGGACUUCCUGGUUUACAUGCACUGCCGCUCCUACCCGAUCAUGGUGGACCAGCCUGACAUCUGUAAGAAGCCGCCGUUCCUGCUCCUGGCUGUCAAGUCCCUGGCACCGCACUUUGACCGCCGCCAGGCCAUCCGCCAGUCCUGGGGACGGGCGGGUGUUUUGGCCAAUCAGACGGUGGUUACUGUCUUCCUUCUCGGCAACGCCACAGCAGGUGACCACCACCCGGAUCUGUCUGAGAUGCUGCACUAUGAGAGCGCCCACCAUAAAGACAUCAUCCAGUGGGGUUACAGGGAUUCGUUCUUCAAUUUGACCGUUAAAGAAGUUCUGUUCCUGGAGUGGAUCCAGACCCGUUGCUCCAGUGCUCGCUUCAUCUUCAAAGGCGAUGACGACGUCUUUGUCAACACCUACCGCAUCCUGGACUUCCUCAAGGGCCUCUCGGAGCCCAAAGCCAGGGAUUUGUUUGUGGGUGACGUGAUCACCAACGCGGGGCCACACCGAGACAAGAAGGUCAAAUACUUCAUCCCGGAGAGCAUGUAUGUUGGGACGUACCCUGCAUAUGCAGGAGGAGGUGGAUACCUUUACUCUGGGGACAUUGCUGCUCGUCUGCACAAUGCGUCCCAGCAUAUAGCGCUCUACCCCAUCGAUGACGUCUACACGGGGAUGUGUCUUAGGAAGUUAGGGCUGGCCCCCGAGAAGCACAAAGGCUUCAGGACCUUUAACAUAGAGGAGAAGUACAGGUCGAACCCCUGCGCCUACAAGAGCUUAAUGCUCGUUCACCCGAGGACCCCACAGGAGAUGAUCCAGAUCUGGGCCUGGCUCAGUACUCCUAACCUCACCUGUCAGUGACGCCUCCGCAGCGGGCGGUUUGAGAUUGAAACGACCCUGGAGAUAAGACAUUGUGCAUUCUUUUUCCCUAAGGGUCAAAGUGACAAAUAUUUUAUUUUUAACAGGGUCAUGACUUGAGAGUUGGCAGCUUUAAGUUAAGAUAUUAUUAUAUUGGUCACUUGGAGCAAGUUGAUGCGUUGUUCCUCUAAAAAUGAGGAGGGAUGCGUAGUUGUCAACAUGGCCACCAUAGUAUUUUGACUUGACGUCAAACUUCCGUAGACGAGCUAACCCUGCU